AUGACGUUGACGAUCUCCGAUCUUCCAAGGGAUCUGAAGAAGAAAAUAUUCUCAAGAAUUCCGUUGAGAUAUGUGAGAGCAUUGCGAUUAACCUGCAAAGAGUGGGAAACUUUAAUCAAAAGUCGGAGCUUAAAGAUCGACGAAGAGGAGUCUCAGAUGGUCGCGUUGAUGGAUUACAAUCUUUGUUUAAUGAGCAAAUCCUUUAAUGGAGGAGAUCCAUCUACAGAGAUUAAAGGCAAACUUACUUGCUUUGACGAACAAGUAAAGGUAUCUAUGUUGUUUCAUUGCGAGGGUUUAUUGUUAUGCAUCUUGAAAGACGAUAAUACUAAGGUUGUUGUUUGGAAUCCGUAUUUGGGGCAAAGAAGGUUUAUCCAAGUUAGAUUUUCACACAUCCCAGGCGGAUGGGACCAGUUCAGUUACGCUCUCGGAUACUACAAGAAUAAUAAUAUGAUGAAAUCAUUUAAACUCUUGAGGUUUUUUGAUUAUUUCUAUACCUCCAAUGAUUUUGUUUUCUAUGAAAUCUAUGAUUUCGACUCUGGUUUAUGGAAAACUCUUGAUGUCACUCCAUACUGGCGUAUAAGGUUUUUUGAUGAUAUUGGCGUUUCUCUCAAGGGAAACACUUACUGGUGCGCUAAAGAAAGGAAGCCAGAGUGGAACGCAGACCCUUUUAUCAUUGUUGAUCACAUCAUCUGUUUUGAUUUUACAAGUGAGAGGUUUGGUCCGCUUGUGCCUUUGCCGUUUAGAGCUAUGAAGGAGAGUCUUGUGACUCUAUCUUGUGUUAGGGAAGAGAAGCUUGCUGCUUUAUUUUGUCGCGAUGUUGUUGUUGAGGUAUGGAUUACGACUACGAUUGAAUUCGAUAAGGUGUCGUGGAGCAAGUUUUUGACCUUUGGUGUGCGUGACUGCCCGAUGAUUUAUUCUUGUACAGGGAGUUUCUUCAUUGACGAGGUGAACAAAGUCGCCGUGAUUUUCGGGCAACCGUUGAAACGCGACAAAGUUUUCAUCAUUGGAGAGGCUGGACAAGUCCGAGAUGUUGAUCUCGGAGAACCUGCCCACCAAGAUAGUUGGCUAUAUGUGUGUCCUUAUGUUCCAAGUUUAGUGAAAAUCAAGCAACCUCCAGGAUGCAAAAGGAGAAGACAAAGCAGUUCAGAAAACCGUCGAUAUAAGCGAAACAUGAUGAGACUUGUCGAACUUGAAAAGUAUCAUAUUGCCAUGGAACCCAAAAGAGGAGACAAAACAAUAUGA